CAGCCGACCCAAACCAGGAGGUGACAGCCAAAUUAUCCAGCGAACAGGACUUGUUCUCCUGAGGAUUGUGAAUCUCCAUUGAAGCUCACAUCUUCCAGCUCAGUAGUCCGCAGUGUGGUUUCGGACCGGUAUAAUCAAGGGGCCAAUCUGUGGACACCCAGCAAUUACUAUUUAUGAAGUCCCGCUGUAGGAGAGCCCCUCCAAGUGUGGUGUCUGGUGGUCAUCAGUGCUGCCAGCUGGUGGGGUCAGAGCCAGAUUUCCUCACCACUUCGGACAGGCUGACCAGGACCACAAGCCAGCACUACCACAGGCUGGGGCCGGACAGAAGGAAGCUCACGAGGUCGGCCCACUUCAGCAUGCUGGCCAUCAAGCAGAACCCCAUGCUGGCCGAGGCCUACUCCAACCUCGGAAACGUCUACAAGGAGAGGGGGCAGCUUCCAGAGGCGCUAGAAAACUAUCGCCACGCCGUGCGGUUGAAGCCAGACUUCAUCGACGGGUACAUAAACCUUGCCGCUGCGCUGGUGACUGCAGGGGAUAUGGAGGGUGCAGUGCAGGCAUACUGUCAGGCACUGCAGUAUAACCCUGUAAGUUCGGACCUGUACUGUGUGCGGAGCGACCUGGGGAAUCUUCUCAAGGCUCUUGGGAGACUGGACGAGGCCAAGGCAUGCUACCUGAAGGCCAUCGAGACUCAACCAAACUUCGCUGUAGCCUGGAGCAACCUGGGCUGCGUCUUCAACGCCCAGAGUGAGAUCUGGUUGGCCAUUCACCACUUUGAAAAGGCCGUCCAGCUAGACCCCAACUUCUUGGAUGCGUACAUCAACCUCGGCAAUGUACUGAAAGAGGCACGAAUCUUCGACAGAGCUGCAGUAGCAUACCUACGAGCGCUACAACUCAGCCCCAACCAUGCUAUAGUACAUGCCAACUUAGCCUGUGUGUACUAUGAACAAGGGUUGAUUGACCUGGCGAUAGACACGUACCGCCGCGCCAUCGAGCUUCAACCCCACUUCCCAGAUGCUUACUGCAACCUGGCCAAUGCCCUCAAGGAACAGGGCAAGGUGGCGGAAUCAGAGGAGUGUUACAACACGGCCCUACAACUGUCCCCCACCCAUGCAGACUCCCUCAACAACCUGGCCAACAUCAAGCGUGAACAGGGCUGCACAGAGGAGGCUGUCAAACUGUACUGCAAGGCCUUGGAGGUGUUCCCUGAGUUUGCUGCUGCCCACUCCAACCUCGCCAGCGUGCUGCAACAACAGGGCAAACUGCAAGAGGCGCUCAUGCACUACAAGGAAGCCAUCAGGAUCGCCCCCACCUUUGCGGAUGCGUACUCCAACAUGGGGAAUGCUCUGAAGGAAAUGCAGGACAUCCAGGGUGCCAUGCAGUGUUACACCCGUGCCAUCCAGAUCAACCCAGCCUUCGCUGAUGCACAUAGCAACCUAGCAUCCAUCCACAAGGAUUCUGGCCAGAUCCCAGAAGCCAUUGCCUCCUACAGAACUGCACUGAAGUUGAAACCAGACUUCCCGGACGCUUACUGCAACCUGGCCCACUGCCUGCAGAUUGUAUGUGACUGGACAGACUAUAACGCUCGUAUGAAGAAGCUUGUAGCGAUCGUAGCAGACCAGCUGGACAAGAACCGCUUGCCGUCUGUCCACCCCCAUCACAGUAUGCUGUACCCACUGUCCCACGCUUUCCGGAAGGCCAUUGCAGCGCGCCACGGGAACUUAUGUCUGGAGAAGAUCAAUGUUCUGCACAAGCCGCCCUAUGACCACCCGAAGGACCUUGUCCUCAGUAAGGGUCGCCUGAGGAUAGGCUAUGUCAGCUCGGACUUCGGGAACCACCCCACCUCCCACCUCAUGCAGAGUAUUCCAGGCUUCCACAACAAGGAGAAUGUCGAGGUGUUCUGCUAUGCUCUGAGUCCUGACGACGGCACCACAUUCCGAGGCAAGAUCGUGAAGGAGUCGGAGCACUUCGUGGACCUGUCCCAGAUCCCCUGCAACGGGAAGGCUGCCGACCGCAUCCACCAGGACGGCAUCCACAUCCUGGUGAACAUGAACGGUUACACCAAGGGCGCGCGCAACGAGAUCUUCGCCUUGAGACCUGCGCCCAUCCAGUCCAUGUGGCUGGGAUAUCCAGGCACCAGUGGAGCAUCCUUCAUGGACUAUCUGAUCACAGACAUCAUCACGUCCCCCAUUGAACAAGCCGACCAGUACUCUGAAAAACUGGCGUAUAUGCCCAACACCUUUUUCGUGGGAGACCACGCGCAGAUGUUCCCCCACUUGAAGGAGCGUGCGGUGCUGGGGACGACCACCUCGGGACUCAAGAUCAUCGAUAAUAAGUCUGUCAUUAACGCUACCGACCUGAAGCCUGUUCUGGAGAUGUCGGACGUCAAGGUAUAUAUAAAGAAGGAGAAGGUCCCUCUUCACCUACCGCUGACCAACGGUGACUCAGCCUCUGGUAAUGAGGAGGAGAAGGUUGUGGAGACGCCCAUCAUUGAGAUCAACACCACCACGGCGCAGAUGCAGACCAUGGUGACCCAGGGGCAGGUCUCCACCUGUAUGAACGGGGUCGUCGUACAGAACGGCCUGGCAACCUCACAGGUGAACAACAAGGCUGCCACAGGAGAGGAACCCCCUGCUAAUGUGAUCGUGACGACCCGCGUACAGUACGGCCUGCCAGAGGACAGCGUCGUGUACUGCAACUUCAACCAGCUGUACAAGAUCGACCCUGCUACUCUGCAGAUGUGGGUCAAUAUCCUGAACCGAGUGCCCAACAGCGUCCUGUGGCUCCUGCGUUUCCCGGCGGUCGGCGAGCAGAACGUGCUGAACGCCGCCACGCAGAUGGGCCUGUCGCCCGGACGCAUCAUCUUCUCUCACGUGGCCCCGAAGGAAGAGCAUGUCCGACGGGGACAGCUCGCCGACGUCUGCUUGGACUCCCCGCUCUGCAACGGCCACACCACGGGCAUGGACGUCCUGUGGGCAGGCACUCCCAUGAUCACCCUACCAGGAGAGACACUUGCCUCACGAGUUGCGGCCUCACAGCUGGGUUGCCUGGGCUGCCCCGAGCUGGUGGCCAACACACGCGCAGAGUACGAGGACAUUGCUGUCCAACUGGGCAAUGAUGCAGACUUCCUGAGGAGGGUAAGAGCCAAGGUGUGGAAGCUCAGGACGACCAGCCCACUCUUCGACUGCCACCAGUAUGCCCUGGACAUGGAAAGGUUGUACAGACGCAUGUGGGGGCGCUACGAGAAGGGACAGCCUGCCGACCACAUCACAGAACCCUUUUAAGUUAGCCUAGGACUUUUUUGUUUUGACGUUUUCAUGUUGGAAACUAGUCGGAGAAAAAGAUGACUGGGAAAUUACCAUAAAACAGCAGCCAGAAUAUCAUUUGGUAGGAAGCUUUUAUGCCAGAUCUAACUAUAACCGGCUUAUGCUGCAAACAUGAAACGUAGUUGAGGCAUAGUAGCUCAAGACUCAUUCCAACACAAAUGUGGUACUGAAUACUCUAACCAAGACUGAUACUGACAGCUGUAUCAUUGUGAGCUUUGCUGUACAUCAUAGUAUACUCUUAAUCCCAUCGUUGAAACCUGCAGUUAACGACAGUAAGGAACAGAAAACAACAACUUAAUCGCUGGUUGAUAUCUGGUUAAUUGCAACAAUACCUGAUUAAUCACAACAACUUGAGAAUAGUGCAGCCAUUCCGACGCUUCUGCACCAUGGAAAGAAUCGUUGUACAAUCCGUGUUGUGUCGUUUUGUUGUUGUUGAUGUGAAGAGUUAUGGAUAUACGUUACAAUCCUGGUGUCAGAAGUAACAGGAACAAUACCAAUUGGCGCUACAACCGAUUCUAAGCUUUCAGUGUUCCUAACAAUGCUCUAUCUCUCUCACUGUAGAGCCUACGUGUUAGAUAUGUAUUUAUCCUGGUGACUAGUUUGGUCGGGGUAUUUUCUACAGGUUUUCAAGGGUGCAUGUUAAAAGGAAAGAAGUAUUGUGAAAACGUAGGUUCUGUUGGACACAGUUGAGCAUAGCAUAAGUGUAAGGCCAUCCGAUGUUGACCUCUAAGUGUGAUUCUAUUGUAGUUGCCAUUGUGUAUUGCCGUAGGUCGAUGCCAGCUUCUUGCUUUAUUACAUAACGUUAUUGCAGUAUAAUGUAAAUACAUACAGAUGUUAUGGAUACUGUUCCCGAAUAGUAGUGCUUAAUGGCAUGUAAGAAUUAAGCACAGCGGCAUAUAGGUUUGUUUCCCAGUAGUUUGUACAGGUAGGUCAGGAAAAAAAAAACGAAAGAAGCAAGGGUACCAAUUUUUGCCCAUAACUGUAAAUUAUUUUGAAGAUCAUUUAUUUCAAUUUUUUGUGUUCCUCUGCUCCUAAUAUUUUAUUCAUGUGUCCCAUUGUUGUCUGUUAACUUUUUUGCUGCAAAUAAACGGCAUGGAGCACUGCAAAUGACAA